AUGUUGUCCGCGACCUCCCUCCGCAACCGCAGCCAUGCGGCAAAAGAAAAGGCAAAGAUGCGUCUCACGCAGCCGUCGAGCUGGCAGUUACCCAAACAAAACAGCAGCAUUGCCCCUGGUUAUGUUUGGACGAAUGCGGAUAUGGAGCCCGUCCCCCCGGAGAAGCGCACAUGGGGUAAAAGCGCUUUCAUCACAUAUUGGUUUAGCGAUCUAGUCACCAUUUCGACAUGGAGCUCUGGUUCUGCCAUCUUGACAAUAGGCUUGACAGCGACUGAUGCAGUACUCAUUGUGCUCGUUGCGGCCCUAUGCAAUGCUGUACCAACAGUACUCAACGGAGCGAUAGGCUCAAAUCUUCACAUCCCUUUCCCUAUCGCAUCGCGCGCAAGUUUUGGAUACUGGUUCAGCUAUUUCGCAGUCGUCAGUCGGGGCGUCUUGGCAAUGUUUUGGUUCGGAGUACAAACAGCGAAUGGAGGUACAUGUGUUGCCGCUAUUAUCAAUUCGAUAUGGCCCAGCUUCCGGACAAUGGCAAAUCACCUCCCUGAAUCAGUUGGUCUUACUACAGCCGGGAUGAUAUCGUACUUCCUAUACUGGCUCAUCCAAUUUCCGUUCCUGCUCAUUCCUACGCACAAACUGCAAUACAUGUUCUGGGUCAAAACAGUAUUGCUGCCGCCAGUCGCUAUUGGUAUGACCAUCUGGGUAGCUGUCCAAGCUGGUGGUAACGGCACAUUUUUCACACGCCCACCUACCUUGCAUGGUUCCGAACGAGCUUGGUUGUGGCUAUCGAGCAUGACUAGCAUCACCGGCGGCUACAGCACGCUCGCGGUGAACAUUCCCGACUUUUCGCGCUUCAGCAGAGACCCACGAGCACAGUACUGGCAACUCCCUGUUAUCCCAUUUUUCAAAACCAUGGUCGCUCUCAUGGGUAUCGUUUCCGCGUCUGCUGCACAGGAAAUCUGGGGUAAGGCCUAUUGGACGCCUCUUCAGAUCAUCGACACUUGGAUGGAUACACCCGGCGGUCGAGCAGCAGCAUUCUUUUGCGCCUCUAUCUGGUUGAUUGGUCAACUGAGCGUGAACAUCAGCGCAAAUGCCGUAUCCUUUGCCAAUGAUGUCACAACAAUAGCGCCGAGAUAUUUCAACGUGCGACGAGGAUCCAUUCUGGUAGCCUUCAUGGGUGGCUGGGCGCUGUGUCCAUGGAUCAUCGUCGCAUCGGGAAAAGCAUUCUUGAACUUCAUGAGCGCAUACGCAAUCUUCAUGGCACCAAUGGCCGGUGUGCUUUUCACAGACUAUUGGCUAGUUAAGCAUAGAAAGUACGACGUUCCCGCGUUGUACGACCCGCGCGGCAUUUAUCGAUACGGUCGCUAUGGCAUCAACUGGCGCGCCGCUAUGGCGACAUUUAUCACUAUCAUACCCUUGCUACCAGGACUAGCCAACAAGGUCAAUCCGGAUCUGAAACUCACGGAGGGUCUUCGGAACCUCUUCACAUUCAACUGGCUUUACGGCUUCUUUCUUUCAAUGUUCUUGUACUACUUUUCUAAUUUCUUCUUCCCUGAACGCGAUACGCUGAUCUCGCACGUGGUUACUGGUUUCGAACAUCUAGAUGGCGUCGAUGUGGAAUGCGAGAUAAGUAGCUACACCAAGGAUGGCGAUAUCGAAGCAUCUAAAGGAGGCCCUGAGAUGAAAGUAUCCCAGGAGCCAUGA